AUGUCGUCCAACCAAUGGAUACACUGUAACAUCUGUUACUAUCUAUUUGCAAAAAAAGAUCGUCGUUUUUAUCUGAUGACCUGCCAACAUACGCUAUGCAAGGAUUGUAUGGCCCAUACUAAUCGUGGUACCUGCUGCCCAGUCUGCAAAAGGAAAGGGUUGCAGUUUUUCGAAAUUUGCAACGGGAUGGACAAACAGGCUAAGACUUUAUUCGACCCGGGUACCACUAAAACCCUCGAGCAAAUCUAUAAAGCGAUCAAUUUUCAAACCAAACAGAAGCAACAUCUAAGCGAUCAUAUUCUAUUUGUGGAAGAGAAACUACUGAAGGCAGAGCAAAUGGAACAGAAAUUGAAGCAGAAAAUUGUUGAAAGUCAACAACGAUACCAGAAGACCCGAAACUAUCGACGUAGCAAGCAGGAAGCUCUCCGGCAACAGAUGACCGUGGCUACGUUGGAUGUAACACCUCCUGCUCAGAAUAGCGGGUGCAGCAAUCGUCCAUCGUCAUCGAAACGACAUCAGUUGAAUUUCUUCGAAGGUCACACCAGCAGCAGCGGAAGCAAUCGCAGCCAUUUGUCGACCGAUAGCAAGACUACAAGGGGUUCGUUUCUCCACUUGAAGGCAUCUUCAUCAUCAGGCAAUAGCUCGACGCGUUCCGUAGACUUUGGAACAACUCCAUCCAGCGGCAAUCGUUCAACGGGUGUGGUCAACGACACAUUCCACAAGAUGAGAAUUGACAAUGAGGACUAA